CACAAUUGGUCCAAUCCACAAUCUGGAAAUCAUAUUAUCGUAACCAUCAAUCCAUAAUUCUUCAUCUUACAAUUGGCCAAAUCUUAAUGAUUAUUGAAUCAGAAAUUACAAACGAUUUACGUCAAAUUGAUCUGCACAACUGAUGAUAAUAACAACUAGCCAGAUUGGGGCUCAAAAUCUUCGUCGAUAACAUAUGAUAAGUCGAUUAUUGGUUAAAACUAAAUUGGAAAAUCCUAAAAAUUUGAUACUUCUACAAUUGGUUAAAUCUACAAUUUGAAAAUCCUAUUGAUGAAAAUUGAUAAAAUCGGCAAGCUAAAAUCGUAUAUUAAAAUCGAUUGAAAAUUGAAAUAUCACAGGUGAUUCUUCUUGGCCCAGCACCAGUAAUCAAUAUAGAUGUCAAUUCAAAUAAUAAUCCUGAAAAGAUGAAUAAUUAGUAAACAAUCCAGAAAAUCAAAAUGAAGACAUUACCUCUUUCAAUCAGCACACGUUGGGUCCAGAAUCGAUGAUCGCAAAUAAAUUGAAUUCAAUUAAAUAGAACAACUUACCCGAAUUAAAGUAUAGCAAUCAACAUUGGAAAACAAUUCAAAUUCACUACACAAAUCGAAUGUAAACAAUAACAUGAGCAAGUUGGAUGGCCAUUUCGACAACAGCAGCAAUUGAACAAACAAAAACAAGCAUCUUCACCACCUAUCGGCAAAACAUGAAAUCAUGGCGCCAAAAUUAAAAAUCUAGGCGUUGGCGACUUUACCGAAAAAUCAAAAACUUUUUCUCUUUUUUUUUUUAGCGUCAAAAAUAACACUUGAGUAUAACUCCCAUCUCAUCCACACAUGCCACCCCCAAAGACGAGUCAAAAUUUUUUUUUUUUUUUUUUUUUUGUUUCUUUCCAAUCAUUGUUUCGGUAUUUAAACACUUGAAAUUGCCACAUUUGGUUGCGAUCGACCGACCUAUUGGUUAUGCUGCACAAUUUUCUUAAAUUUUGUCAACAUUCAAUUGUGUCAAUCCAUGAUCAUUGUCUUUUGUUUUUCAUGAUAAUAGUCUUCAAACACCAGCAUACACAAAUAUACCACACUCACACAUACACAAUACACACUGGCCUUUCUUCACAACAAUCAUUGAACGAAUCCUGGCCAUCACCAUCAAACAUCGACACAUUUACCACCGGCCUGGAUCAACACCAGCCUCGUUCAACUUGCUUCAUUUAUCGGCUGUGAUUUCGCCAAUCUUCGGCAUAUCUUCUUCCCGGCCAUACUUGACCGUUGGUCGUUUACCACCUGUGGCUCUUCUCGUUGGCGGCCAUCUUUCACGUUAUUUUUGUUAUCCGCAUAUCUAAUUUUCGCUUUCUUUUGAUACCACAGAGUAAUGAUCGGGCAGUAAUGGGCCCCACGAACAAAACCAAUAAUCGAAAGCCCGGUAGCGGCAAUAAAAAACCCGGAUCGGGUAGUAAUCGGACCACAACAUCACCAGCCGGGAGUAACGCAUCAGUCCAUGAUAUGAUAACAGAUGACGAGCAACAGUAUAUUGAUAUUUCAACGACAAAACAACAUCAGCAAUCCACCGCUCAACUAGCCACUGCAUCAGCUCACACAACAGCACAACAAAUGCCAACAACAAGUUCAGAUCAACAUAUUAUGACAUAUCAACUAGAUUCCUAUGGUUAUAAUAUUGCCACUUCACAAUAUCAGAACGCGGUUCCCGUUUCAAUACAUGGUCAUCAUCCUCAAUAUGCACAACCACAUCCACAAUAUGUACAUAACAUUUACCAAUACGAACAUCAACAACAAUACCAGCCACAAUAUCAAGAUAAUGCCAACCCACCAGUAACCAAUAAUAAUAUGUCAAAUUAUCGAGACGUUCGAUCCACAUCGUCCACACCAAAUUCAGCUCUUUACCAACCAGCAACAACAAAUAUCCAAACCACAUCAACUAAAACACCAAUCACCACCACCAUUUCGAGAAGCAAUACACCAGUCAAUUUUUCAAUCGAAAGACUCCCAUCUGCAAAUGAUUGUGCCAAAUUCCUGAAGGAAACAUUAGCCAUGGCAUCAAGACUUAGUGGCAAUAUCACAACGGGAAAAAAAGAAAAAGUCGUUGAAGCUAUUGCAUAUGCAUUAGAAUUAUUGUUAGAAAACAUCGAAUUGAAAGAACAAUUGACUACAGCCAAUAAACGGAAACGUCAUGAUAACGAUAUGGACCCACGCGACGAUGUAACAAUGGAUGGCGAUAAUGAUUACGUAACCAAAUCUGAAUUAAAAUCAUGCAUGGACGAUAUCAAAGAUAGCAUCAACAAUUUAGCAAAUGUCAUCAAUAAACAAAACAUCACAACCACGAAAAAUCAACAAGCCAAAUCAUUAACAUUUGCCGAUAUCAUUAAAGAAAACAAAAAAACCACAAUUGAAAAACAUCAAACAGUCGUAUUCUUGCCCGAUAAUGAAAAUACAUCAAUGACCAGACAAACAUUAUCGCAAUUAAUACAACCAGCCAAAGAAGGAAUUGAGAUGACCGAUGCAAAAAGUUUAUCAAAAGGCAAGAUGAUUAUCGAUUUCAAGGAUAAAGCCAGCAAAAACAAAUUUGAAAUGUUAGCAAAAGCAACGAAAAAAAUCAACAUAGAGCCACCACGAAAAUUAAAGCCAACUAUCAUGUUAAAAGGUGUCCGUUUGGAUGUUAAUAAAGAAGAAAUACCAUCAAUGUUUGCUUCAUUUAAUUAUCCCAUUGCACACUAUGUCAACACAAAUAAUCUUGAUAUCACCAAACUGGUGGAAGUAGUCGCAAGUAGAAAGAAUUUUAGAAAUGAACUACUAAUCAAUUAUAUUAUCUCAAUUGAUCCAGCCAUCCGUGAUAUCGUAAUUAAUGAAUUAAAUGGCAAAAUUAUUCUGGAUUACGCAUUAGUUCAUGCUGAAGAUAUGUCACCACUCCGACAAUGUUAUCGCUGUUAUGGUUUCAGUCACAUUGCUAGCAAUUGUCUAUACAAGCCAGAGCAACAGGUUUGUCAUCACUGUGCUAUGACACAUAAACAUGAACUGUGCCCAAAUAAAAAAUGUCCGCCACAAUGUAUCAACUGUAAAAGAUCAGGUGUAAAGGAUUCAUCCAAUCAUAAUAGUGUCAGCAAAAUGUGCCCAGUUUACUACAUGAGAAUGUUACAACGUGUUGCUGAUAAAGUCAACUAUUAUAGCCAUGAAAAAUAA